GUGGCCCGUGGAGGUUAAACUGUUAGCAGAUGCUGGCGACGCGGCACGUCGUGUGCGCCCUGUCCGGCGGCGUGGACAGUGCUGUUGCCGCACUGCUGCUGAGGCGGAGAGGUUACCAGGUGACAGGGAUAUUUAUGAAGAAUUGGGACUCACUGGAUGAACAUGGCGUUUGCACUGCUGACAAAGACUGCGAAGAUGCUUAUAAAGUUUGCCAAAUCUUAGACAUCCCUUUCCAUCAGGUGUCCUAUGUGAAGGAGUAUUGGAAUGAUGUGUUCAGUGAUUUUUUGAAUGAGUAUGAAAAAGGAAGGACUCCCAACCCUGAUAUAGUCUGCAACAAGCACAUCAAGUUCAGCUGCUUUUACCGUUACGCCCUGAAUAAUCUUGGAGCAGAUGCUGUUGCCACAGGCCACUACGCCAGGACUUCACUGGAAGAUGAAGAAGUCUUUCACCAGAAGCAUGUUAAGAGACCAGAAGGACUUUUCAGAAAUCGAUUUGAAGUUAGAAAUUCCGUAAAACUUCUCCAAGCAGCUGACAGCUUUAAAGACCAGACCUUCUUUCUCAGCCAGGUUUCCCAGGAGGCCCUGAGAAGAACCAUCUUCCCUCUGGGGGGAUUAACGAAAGAUUUUGUAAAGAAAAUAGCUGCUGAGAAUCGACUCCAUCAUGUGCUUCAGAAGAAAGAGAGCAUGGGCAUCUGUUUUGUUGGUAAAAGAAAUUUUGAGCAUUUCAUUCUUCAGUAUUUGCAGCCUCGGCCUGGGAAAUUUAUUUCCAUUGAAGACAGUACAGUUCUGGGAACACACAAAGGUUGGUUCCUGUAUACUUUGGGCCAGAGAGCGAAGAUCAGUGGCAUGAGAGAGCCCUGGUAUGUGGUGGAGAAGGAUGGUGUCAAGGGCGACGUACUUGUGGCCCCCCGGACAGACCACCCCGCCCUGUACAGGGACCCUCGCACUGGUCGAGUACAUUGGAUUGCAGAGGAGCCACCAGCCGCCCUGGUCCUGGAUAAGAUGAUGGAGUGUCACUUCCGAUUCCGCCACCAGAUGGCGCUAGUGCCCUGUGUGCUGACCCUCAAUCAGGAUGGCACCGUAUGGGUGACAGCUGUGACGGCUGUGCGAGCCCUUGCACUGGGACAGUUUGCUGUGUUCUACAAAGGUGAUGAGUGUCUGGGCAGCGGGAAAAUCCUACGUUUGGGACCAUCCCUCUACACACUCCAGAAGGGCAAGAGCAGAGCCAGAGAAGCCCCUGAAGGCUCAGGUGACAGCCCAAGCCUGCAUCCCAUACCCUGACAGAGGCUGAACUGCUGGGAGAACCUGUAAGGCAAAGCCCAGGGCUGGCAGUGGUGGGCAGUUGGUCACUAGUAAGCACUGAUGGGCUUGGUCCUGCCUGAACCAUGGGGCCCUGCCAACUCUACUGCAGAGCAGGUUAUCCCCAGGAAGGGUCCAUCUUCUCUGAGGUGGAGCUCUGGUGGACCAGAAGCAUUUGCCGGCCAGUGGGUAUGUCCCAACGAGGGCUCUUUGUGUCGAGUUCCUCUUUCACACCCACACAGGGACAGUCCCCUGUGAGCACGUUGCAGGACCUGUGGAGGCUGUGUGGACUUGCAGGGCAGCAUCAAAUAAAACUGUCUGGAAUAAGGAGUGUGACCGUGUCGGGACCUGGGAGACCUGGGUGGGCUGCUGCAGGGCUUCUCACCACUGCCCUUCUAACCAUAAGAAGAGACCUACAUAUACCCCAGCCUCCUCCCUGGGGCCUGAGCCUGUGCAUGUGAGGGGGGCAGAGCACUGUUCACGUCAGGCCUCUCAGUGUCUGGAGCUUGUACGUGGCAUGCACAUGGUAUCUCCCUGCAAGGGCACCCACACCUAGGAAGAACAAGCACGGAGUGAUGCUUCCUGUCACCUGCUCUGUCAUGUUCACUAGCAAGCACCUCGAAAGGUGCACGGUAGGUAUGCAGGAGGAACACUUGAAAAUGGCUUUCAGCAUGGGUGUUCGUGGGUUGUUUUCUUCUCAGCUUUGGUCCUGGAGUGGCCCUGAUCUCUGGAGCUGUGCAGCUGGCACCAGGUGAGGACCCUAGGAGCUGCUGAAGAGGGAGGAAUCCCUACUAUCUCUCUUUGCUCCCAGUUGGGUGGUCCUAGUUGGGCAGAAGUGAGAGACAGUGCAGGUGCUGGAACCACUAAAAAGGGUCACUGGGAGAUAGGGUGAGGGGGUCCCAGAGGGUAAGAGCUGGAGGUGUGUUUCCUGAAAUGCUUCAGCUACAUAUAUAUGGGGUACAGGGCACACCCAAGACGGCAUGUCAAGGCCUUCCUUGGACCUGGCAUUGAACACUCCCUGUCACCCCCUCAAGGGGCAACAGGACUAGCGAUGGAGCCUGAGCGGUUGCUUGCUGCUGAAACACACAGGUUGGUGUUUAAAAUAAGGAUGUUAACCUGACCCAGAGUUGACCUAUCAUAAUGCCAGUGGAAUUCUCAGUGCCAAGAGAAACGAGGACCCAAAUAUUUAAAUCAUCAGAGGGUAGAGCAGCUUCCUCCCCCACCCCAGUAGGUGAAGGCAAGGAAACAACAUCCAACAGAGAAAGAAAAAAGAGGAAGGACAUUUUAAAAUGAAAAUUAUAUUUGAAAGGUAAGAAUUCACUGGGCCAGGUACAGUGACUCAUACCUGUAAUCCCAGCUACUAGCAAGGCUAAGAUUCGAAGAAUCAUGGUUCAAGGCCAGGAUUAAAAAGUAAGACGCCAUCUAAACAAACAAGCCCAGUGUUAUAUGCCUGUAAUUGCACUUAGUGGGAGGCAUGGGUGGGAGGACUGUAGUCCCAGGCUGCCCCAGGCAAAAAGGGACCCUAUCUAGAAAAGAACCUAUAAACAAAAAAUGGGCAGGAGGCAUGGUUCAAGUAGCAGAGCGCCUGCCUGGCAAGCCAGGCCCCUGAGAUCAAACCCCAGUACUACCGGAAGAAAAAGCCAGAAAACCCUAGGUAGGGUCUCCCCAUCCAUCCUGUGGCAGGGCCUGAGAAUGACUAGAAAGUUCUGGCACCAUAUCCUGACUUACAGACUUAGAAAGUGUCCCCUCCAUAGUGCCUUAUGGCGAGAGAGCAGAGAGGGAGGAAGCAGCACGGCACAGGUACAAAUUCAAAAAUCUUAAUUUAUUGUAGCCUCUCCUCGUCAUUGUUCCAGUGCUGAACAUUAAUAAAUACACGUUACAAACCUCCAGUGUCUUAAUUGCUCAUAAAGUCUUAAGUCAUAAAAAAUAAGUUUAAAAUUUUACCAUCUUAAUAAAACAACUGUUUUUUGUAACAGUUCUGAUCAGAUUAAAAACCUCACCUUCAGGGGUGAGAUCCACUUAGCAACAGUGAGUGAUCCUAGGAAAGUGGCUUGCCUCGAGACCUGAAAAUGUAAAAUCCCUUUGUGCUCAGAGAGUGUCUCAGUGGCAGCUUGCCAUGCCCUCUGACACUGCGCUAAUGGUCUGCAGAGGCCUCGUUCCAUUCUGAAGCAGUGUGGGGUCUCAGACCAUUUCACGUGUGUUUCCCUGGAGCAGUCAUUUAUGGGCAAAACCGAAAAUCCGGUGCGGAAAUCUUUGUCUUUUAUUUGGUUCCCAUCACAUCGUGGGGUUUCCCAUGUUUGGAAGCAGCUGUGCUGAUCACAUAUCUGGGCACCUUCUUUGAAGAACAAAGGAAAUGCAGAAACAAACGUGUCUGAAUAAUUCCGGGCCCCAUUGCGCGGCUCCUUGGGCUACACUGUGCCAGUAGUCCACAGUGGGACAAUCAAAAUGGUCCUCGGUAUGAGUUUCCAAAAAAAGUGGUAGCCAUUGAAAAGUGUGGCUGUGGCUUUGUUUCUUUGCACAAUUGGCCAUUUGAAGCAAAAUGAUGUAAUUGGUGAGACUUGGGGGAGGGACCCCAGCCUGUCUGGAGAGUGCCAGAAUCUGAAAGAGCUAGAAAAUUGGCAGGAAGGAAUGUGACAUCCUGGAAGACCUCAUGGCUUCAACUGAUUUGGGAACGUGAACACUCUGGGAUCCCACUGUGGGCAGGAGCAGAGGGACAAAGGAAUUCCCCACCUGCAGUACCAGGCUAACUGGGAAAGA